AUUGAUUCUGGGGGAAUGGUGUGGCUUUAAAUAGUAGUGGGGUCAGAACAAGAGGGAUCAUGGGCGUGCAAUGCGACGCCGACUAAAUUGCGUGCGGACCCCGCGCCGUGGAGGCGUCUCAACGGGAAUUUGCGCCCCAAGCAGAUGGUGGGAGAAGAGGGGACCUCGAGACUGGCAGAGACAAGCACUGCGACGCGUAUAUCGAGAGACAGUGGAGUGGCAGAUGCUAACACGGGACACGAAGACAGCCAGAGAGAGAGAGAGAGAGACGAGUACAUCGGUCCAAGUCGGGAGAACUACUUGCCAUGCAGCGUCUGUGGGAGGACGUUUGCGCCGCAGAGCCUGAAAAAGCACAUCAACAUCUGUCGCAAGCAAGCCACCAAGAAGCGCAAGGUGUUCGACUCGCAGAGGCAGCGCUUCGAUGGGACGGAAAUCUCGACGCUGAAACCCAAGCUUGCGUCCGCCAAGCAGUCACAGCCGCUGCCGCAGAAGAAGUCCAACUGGAGGCAAGAGCACGAGGAAUUUGUCAAGACGAUCCGCGCGGCUAAAGGAGUGACUCAGGCACUCAAGGAAGGGGGGCCCCUGCCUCCUCCACCUCCGCCGUCCUUAAACCCUAACUACGUGCAGUGCCCGUGCUGCCAGCGGAGGUUCAACGAAGGCGCGGCUGAGCGCCACAUCAUGUUCUGCAAGGAGCAGGCGGCGCGCAUCGGCCGGAGCGGCCCCUCCCAGCAGGCAUCAUCCCGCCUAGCGGUCCGCAUACAGUACCGGGCGCCGUCGGUCAAGAAAAAGGACGGGGCGACCUCCUCUCAAAUGCCGGCGCUGCUGCCCAGCCGCUCCCACAUGGCAGGGACCUCCAUGCGCUCUGCUGGUGCCGGUGCAACCGGUGCCCUGGCAUCCCGGCUACGCGAGGCCUCCCCAGCGCGGGAGGCGAGGACGGGCGUGGGCAAGGCCAGCAGCAGCAGCAGCACACCGUCACGGGGAGGGUCGACAUACGGCCGAGAAGUGGAGUUUGAUGGGCCCCCGCUCAGGACAGGACGCUCAGCGGGCAGACGCGUGGCCAGCGAGCUCACGCCCAUCCAGCGGACGCCGGCUCACAGCCCCACGCCACCCUCUGGGUAUAAGAGCAUGGGAAGCAGCGCUCCCAGGAGGACCGGCCCCACACGGGCCGCAUUGAACGAGCGCAAUGACGGCAUUGGCGGUGCCCGGCGGGACCCGUGGGAGCACUCGAAUGGAGACGAGACGACACACGCCAGGACGCCCCCCGGACCCUCCGGUCGCCGCCCCCUGCCGCGCUUCUGCCACGAGUGCGGCACGCGCCACCCCGUCGACUGGGCCAAGUUCUGCUGCGAGUGCGGGGCACGCAGGGUGGCCGCUUAGCCCUGCGUGGCCCUGCGUGGCCCUGCGUGGCCCUGCGCGGCACUGAACUCGCACCUUCUAGCCAGUGCCGGCCGCAGCGCAACGCAGCUCCAAACACAGUGUAGCGCCAACAGAAAGCAACCGCUCUUGCCGUGGCGACGCCACCCAGGCGAGUUAGAGCCAUGAUGAAGUAGCUUAGUGGUGAGUGACUCUGUAGAUGGGAGGGGUAGGGGAGGGCUUAUUAUUAAUAUGAUUUUUUUUUACGCUUGUUUACCCAGGACAGCCUCACUGAGUCUCAACUCUUUUUCAGGAGGCUUCUGCCAAGUUUACGUAUUUGGGGAUGAUGUUGCUAUGUGUGAUCCCAUUUGAGUAAUUUUAGGUAAUUGGGAUGUUUGGUCAAUACCCGUUACAUUGAAUGUUUUCAGUUUAUGAAGAAAACGGCGAACCCUGAGGAAACCCAUGCAGAACAGGUGGAGAACAUUCAAACUACACAGAAAGGCGUCCGUGUCAGACAUUCUACUGUGGCCCUCAUCUCUGUGAGGGACCGGUGUUUCCACUGCGCCACCCGACAAUUGAAAUGGGACGUUUUGUGCUGCGCCUCACUUUUGAGUCACAGAAGUGAGGGGCGUUUAUCUUACCGAAGCAAUAGCGAGCUGACUUAGCCGUAUGAUUUAAAUACAUCGACUCAUGUUCGCGAGACUCUCAUUCUAAUUGUAUUAUAAAUGAAUAAACAAGCUGGAAAUGCA